AUGAAUCCGCUACUCUCUGUCUGUGUACUUCUUUGCUCCUCGUGCUUGCUGUUCUCUGAUUCGGUCCUCGCCAGAUAUGCGCCGCUGUAUUCUCCUGCUGCUGGUCCCGCUCUCGCUCCUCUAAUGUGGCCUGUUCCUCGACCUUCUUCCGGAACGGUGGCACCGUCUUCUUCAGGUACCCUUGGGAAUCAGCGUCUGUCCGCUCAGGUGUUUGUUGGGUUUCUAUGUUUACCUUCUCAUUUUAGUUCGAGAGUGUGGCUCCUUUGUGAGUAUUUUGUUUUUUGUUUUUGUGGGUUUGAAAUUCUAGAUCGCUCUCUCAAAAUCUGUUUUUACUCGACAACUACAGUUCAAAUUUUGCGAGAAACUUUUCAAACUUCCUUACUGUUAAAGAUUUCCGUUCCGUUCAUUGGUUUUUACUCUCUCGGUAAUUUAUCUUCCGAUUUCGCUUCUCUAGACUUCACCGGAACACAACCAUGUUACUGUUGAAGAAUCUAUUUUGUUUCUGCUCUUCGAAGGGAAUUUCGGUCUGCCAAUACAACCAUGUCAUUAAAGAAAGAAGAAUGGGAUACUGUUUAUGGUUCUUUUGUUGGUGAAUGUUUCGAUAUUGUUCGUUUGAAGGUCGGAUAAAUUUCAUAUUUCCUGUAUUCCAAUAUUUUAUGCGUUUAUUCGGGAUAAAUACAUAUCUACCUGCUGAAGAAUGGGGAUUUUUUUCCCCGACGGUGUUUCUGAGCUAGAAUUUUCAUGUGUUCUUGCUUGUGGCGCCAUGGUCAUUAGACAUAACUCAUGAUCUGGCGGGUGCAGGAGUUGCCGUGACUACUGAAAAGCAUGGUCGCCAUUUAGACACUGAACUUAUUCUGGCAAUCAUUUUGGCUUCGGUUGCUCUUGUUGCGAUCAUACUGGGACUAUUUGGUAUUUGGUUUUACCGAAGGAAUAACCAUUUGAGACCUGAUUCGAACGGAGCACAGAACAGUGGUACCUCUUUAUUAAUCUUUGUUCUCUCAGUCGGAAUUGUUUUAAAAAAUGAUAACAACAUUAGGAUCCCGUUUCUUAUUUCUUCUCUUCACUUUUUAAUUUUCUUGAACGUAGAUGGUGCAAAAGUUUCCACUUUCGGCCCAAUCUUGGGAAAAUUUAAUUCCAUGAAGACAGUCAAGAAAGGAUCUGUAUGUGCUAUCGACCAUGCAUUGCUUGAAGCUGCAACGAAUAAUUUCAGUGAGAGUAAUGUGCUGGGGGAAGGUGGCUUUGGGCGUGUCUACAAAGCAUGCAUGGAUGAUGGCGUUCUUGUUGCUGUAAAGAAGAUGGAGAACGGUGGGGAGGAUUUUGAAAGAGAAUUUGAGGUGUGCUUUGAAAUCCAUCGUCUAAUUAUCAUCAAUACUCACAGUUUACGUUACCAUAUUCUGAUACGUAUGCAUUUUUUCAUUUCUUGUUAACUGGAACCACAGAAUGAGAUGGACUUGCUGUGUAGAAUCCGUCAUCCAAACAUAGUUUCUCUUUUGGGUUACUCAAAUGAUGGGCAAACAAGGUUUCUAGUCUACGAGUUAAUGCAAAAUGGAUCUCUCGAGAGCCAAUUGCAUGGUAUUCUUCUCCAUAACCUCCAUGUAGCUAAGAGAAACUAUAUCCAGUUCAAGAAGAAUAAAGCAAGAACUUAACUAUGCUCGUCUUUUAUGUUUUCUUCAUAGGACCUUCGAAUGGGUCGGCUUUAACAUGGCAUAUUCGCAUGAAAAUCGCUCUUGAUGCUGCUAGGUGAGGGGGCCUUAUCACUGCGUCUUAUAUCGUCAGCUGAGUAAAAUUUAAUUAUUAUUUCCACCUAAUAUAGCUUUCCUUUUUUUUUUCUUCUUUUUUGGCAAAUAAACAGAGGACUAGAGUAUCUUCACGAGCACUGUAACCCACCGGUCAUUCACAGAGAUCUCAAAUCAUCUAAUAUCCUUUUGGAUUCCGAAUUCAAUGCAAAGGUAAGCAAGAUUACUGAUGUCUCAACAACUUUAUUCUCUCUUCCGUUUCCAAAUCAAUAUCCCAUUUCUUUCUUUGCUUAUGACUAGUUUCUCACUGCAUGCAGAUCUCAGAUUUCGGGCUUGCAGUGACUGGACAAAGCAAAGGAAGUGUUAAACUCUCAGGGACCUUGGGAUAUGUAGCACCAGAGUACCUACUCGAUGGUCUGCUCGUCCACACAUAUUUACACAUAUUUUGAAUAAAUUAUCGAGUUUCAUUGACUAGGCACUUUACUAUAUUUGUUCUUGGGAUUAAUUUCUUCAGGUAAGCUUACUGAGAAAAGUGAUGUAUAUGCCUUUGGAGUCGUCUUAUUGGAGCUCCUCAUGGGGAGGAAACCUGUGGAGAAAAUAACACCUUCUCAGUGCCAAUCUAUAGUCACAUGGGUACGCAUUCAAUUCAGUUUCGUCUGAUCCUCUUUUAAUGCUUGUUCGGCAUUUACCCAUUCAGUUUUGGAUAUCCAGGCCAUGCCUCAACUGACUGAUAGAUCAAAGCUUCCUAACAUUGUAGACCCAGUCAUCAGAAACACAAUGGAUCUGAAGCACUUAUACCAAGUACAUCUUCCGCUGUGGCAUAAAUUUCUUGAUCGACAAUCUCUUCCUCUCAUUAACUGCGUGUUCAAUCCCAUUGAAGGUGGCUGCCGUUGCUGUGCUCUGCAUCCAACCAGAGCCAAGCUACAGACCAUUGAUCACCGACGUCCUCCACUCCCUGAUCCCCCUUGUGCCCAUUGAACUCGGAGGGGCUCUGAGGAUCCUGGACACCUCACCUAGUUCAAAGAACAAGCUUUCCAGCCACUGA